UGUGCAAGUGGUAGUGCGGAAGCGAAGUUAUGCUCUGUUUCAACUGUCGGAUUAUUCGAAUGAUCUCACCCCAGAUAGUCAUCACACGCAUGAAUAUGGGUAUACCAGUAUACCCAAUGAUCUGCUACCAAAAUCUGAAGUUGAAAUCUAUAUUCUCGCCUCGUCGGUGACGAAAAGAUGCCUGUGGUCAGCCGAAAAUUCGGUCGUUCUGAUGCCGAUCAUGAAGGAGGCAGGAAGAGGUAGUUUGAUCUUUGACGGACCGGGCCUUGGUGUUGGAUCUUCCGCUGGUAACAAUGGACGAUUUGAGGCGAGAACCCUUGAAACGUCACGAUGAGCGAUUGGGAUAUGGAUGAGCGUGUCAAAAUGUCGAAAAAACGGUCGAAAAGGUUGUUUUUCUAAUUCCUGCUAACACUUUUCUGAAAAACUGGAUACCGUACCAACAAAAUGGAAGUGGCGCAGACCCCCUCGAACGGUGGCUUGCCACCACCCUUCCAUGACCACGACGUACACGAAUGGUCUACUUUGGAUAGCUUGACAGGUGUUUUGGAGAGGGCCAGAAUUGAGACCGACCACUGGGCUGCCAACACCACCAAUACCAGUCAUAAGUACGGCAAGGUAGUGGAUUCGCGGGCAAGGACAGACGCGGACGGGGCCCUCCGUCAGCAGGCCAGGAGACAGCUAGAGGUCUUCCAGAGCCAGGUGCCAGGGGGGCACUUGCAGGUCAUCAAGUCGCACAGUGUGAGCAGCAGCCGCUGGACCAACAAGAGGAUCGAGGAGGCUAAGGGCGGGGAGUUUGAAGGGUUGCAGAUUCCUUCCAACCAGCUGGACCUCAGCUUCCAAAAAUCCAGGGCGGUGAUUGGUAGAAGCGCGGCUAGACGUCCGCCGACUAGGAUCAAAAAUAAAGAUGACACAUCGCCUAUAAGACAGGACAACCUACAUCGAGUUGCGUCAGCUAACCUACAGAAAGUAACGCGUCUCUGUCAUCAGAUCCACGAGAACGCCGUCAAACAAUCCUUCGGAAAAUUCACCAACGGCUCGCCCAUCGAGAACCGACUCAAAAUAACCAGCGCGUCCGAGAAAAACGACGAAGCGACAAACUCAUCGAACGGUCAUACGAAUUUACUAAGGACCAAGAGUAGCAGCAGCGAAGAUUUCCUAAUAAACUUGAACAAAGACAAAUCCACGAAGAGCAUAGAAGAUUUGGAGGACCUCGAACAUCUCCAGACCUGGAGGCGAACAUCGAAGAUCAGAAGGUCGUUGCAAUACCCCAAGUUAGAAAAACCGCUGCCGAAUAAACCUAUUGACUUGCCGGAAACUUCGGUCAGCGUGAGGAAGAUAACCGAGGAUUUUGAGAAGGGGAGGAGACUCAGUACAGCUUUGAGAGGAAACAACAUAGACUUACAAGCUUUGGAUCAAAUUCUUCAAACAAUUUCGAGUUCAAGCAGCGAAAAAAAUUCAACGCUAGAUGAAGAAGCAGAAAGCUCGAAAAUCAAUAGUCUUCAAUCCAAGAGAAACUCGUUCGUAACUGUCGAGAGCAUACAAGAAAUUAAGGGAAGACUCAGGAGGACGAGUUCCCCGGAUAACAACCCUUAUCAAAAAGUUAAAGAUCAAGAGAUAGACGAUGGAAUUGUGACGGAAGAUUCAUAUAAAACAGAGGAAAAGAUGAUCGAUUCUGGUAGAGUAACCGGGCACGCCAAGGUCAAAUCAUACGUCUUCGGUAUGGAUUAUAUGAAGAAGCCCAUGAUUGGAACAGGAAGCCUGGAAUCUAGGUCGAAAUUGCUGAAUGGUACAACCAAUAGGAGUGAGGAUUGGUACAACAGGAGGAAGUCGUACGGGUUCGAACCCGUGCACAACCAAAACGAAACUAUGUCUUCGAAUAAAAAACUUGUGGAAUCUUCUACAGACAGUGGAAUAUGUAGGUCCAGUGAAGUGAUAAUCAUACCUUCAGCGAUCAACCAUGUGGAUCCCAAAGGAUACGCUAGCAAUAACAACGGUGGUUUGAACAAUAACAUAGAGAAAGACGCUAGUUUCGGUAAUGUGAGAAGGAUAAGUUCAUUAUUCGAUAACCCAACGACAAAAACGAAUUCAUUCCAUCCAGAGUUUAAUUCUUCCUGGACCAAGAAAAACAAAGAAAACGAUUGGAGCUUGAACCCAGGCAUCACCAUUAAAAUACCUAUAGUAUCUAAUAACAGCCACUGGGACGACCAUCCAGAGAGAGAUAUCAAACGGCACUCCAUAGCAGUGGACGAAACCAAGUACGUUUCCAAAAGUACGGUGAACAAUGAAGCGCGAAGGACGAGUUUGGUGAUAAACGAAAAGUUCCUAAACGCGCCGACGACUACAGAAGGCUGUGAUAGUGAUUAUUCCGGACUCGGCAAGAAAUCGAAAAAAGUUGAGUUUUGCAAAACUGAAGUGCAUUUCGCGGCGGAAUCGGGAAAAGUUAAUAUAGUGGAGACUGACGAGAAACCGCCUCCGACGCAAAAUUUCAGGAGGAGGAGAAGAAACCCGAGUUACCCGAGCGAUUUCAACAAAAACGGUCUUCCGGUUCUUCAUUUCGGCGAGAACUACGUGGAAAAAACGCUUUUCGCGAACGGCAACCAGCAGUACCCGGAGGAGGUUGCCAGCGGAGAAGAAACAGAACCUAGUACCAUCUCCCGAACGCCCAUAUCCCACGUGGUUACUGUUAAUUCCGAUUUCAACAGCCUAGGUGCUUUCGACGACGACAGACGAGAAUCGGCCGAAAACGAAAGCAUCAAGGGAAUCUUGAAGAACAAGAUGGUAAAACCGAAACCGUACCAUCUCGGGCAGAAUCCGAUAGACUUCAACUUCUUCGACGACGAGAAUAGAAACUGGAGUUCGGAAAAAUUUCCAGAGAAAGACCCUCCUCCAAUUUGGAAAUCCACGGUCACAGUCAGCAGCACCAUAUUCGAUAAUCGGAAGGUUGAAAACAACAACUCGAUUUUGAAUAACCAACCAGAUCUCAUAAAGGACCAACUGAAGAGGUUGGAAGACUACCAUCACGAUUUGCGCAGGGUGGAACCUACGGAACGAACCAGACCUUUUCUUUCUGUGGCCGACAGAAUAAGGAAUAUGGAAGAGAGUCAGAAGGUGGACAAUCACAGGGGGUAUUCCACGAGGGUGAAUAUUGGAGAAGGGCAAGCCAUUGUGGUACAAAAUAAUGCGUUGAACAAACACGAUAUGUUUACGGAACCGGUAAAACAGGAGCCCAAAGAAUCGAACCAAAUACUCAAGAAAGGCCUUAUAGUCAGGAUAGGACGCGAAAAUUCCACAUCCAAACACAUGGUUUGCUCCAAAACGACCACCGACGAGAAAUCGUCGAACACGACGACCACCACCAAAAUAACCAUCGAUCUCUCGCCGACCGAAGACGAGGACCAUCAUCCAGCCGCCUAUCACAAUGCCAAACAGAACGGAUCUCAUAGUUUUAAGUCUACGUCUCUAAUCCUUAACACGAUCAAGUCACAAAACGAACCCGAAAAAUUGGAGAAGGUCCCGUAUCGGAUCCCCCAACAGCUGGAAGCCCUGAAGAGGCUUUACGAGGACGAGAACAGCGACAGCGAUGCGGACAAGGAGGUGCAACUGUUGACCAGCAGGAUAGCGGAGAGGCAGAAGUUGGAGGAGGAUGCGCACAGUAGCGUAGUUUCGGGCAGCUGGAGUAGAAUGAGGGCGUAUAAAAACGUUCUUGAGAAAACUAAUCAAAAGAAGUCUAGCGAUACUAGUUCGAGUAAACGUUCACUUGCACAAAUAGAAAAAGACAGCAAACUUCGACAACAAACAGAAGCUACAAAUCGUUCCGAAGAACCAAUUAAAAUCAAAGCGGAAAUUAAAAACAGAAAAUACUCUCCAAUAGUUCUACGGAAGCAUCCGAUUGUGAUAAAAACAGCUGAAUUGAAAUCUGCUAACACCUCCACAAAACUUUCCAGUCCACUUCUCGUUGGAAGAAGCUCAAACAAUAUAGAAAACAAGGUAAAAACCAGACCCCACGAUAUCAGGACAGCUAAAGCUGACGCUGAAAGUAAACCAGUCCACGACUUCAAUACUAUAGAGGAGAAUAACCAGAAUGGUUUCGUGUCGAACGAAAAAAUCUUGAGACAGCCAAAGAAGUCGGAAAUGGCCUAUUUCGGAGUUCCUAUAUCAUCUCAAGUCGACAAGACAACAUGUGAAAAUCAUAUCAAAGAAAUCAGAACAAGCACUAACAAAACGUCGUCGUUGAAGAGAGAACAGGUUCACUCUGCUAGGACCGAUUCGCCUAUUUACCAAAAUAUCUCGCCGACUCAAAAUGAAGAGUCGAAGGAAAAUUCCAAAUUCGAUAGUUGUAUUCUAGAAGAAUUAACUAAAGCAGCCGAUGAGAUCCUUCAAGCGGUGAAGGAUUAUAGCGAAGAAGAAUCGCGAAAACAGAAAGAACUGGAAGAAACUAAAACAGAACUCAGUACGAUAACAGAAAAUAAAACUUGGAAGCAAGAAACUAAGGUCAAGUCUAUAGAAAGGCCUUGCAAAUCAAAGUUGAGAAACGCAUCAUCUAAUUCUUCUCUAGAAACAUCUCCUAAAGAUUCGAAACCUACUCACAGAUAUAUUUCUAAUACGAAGGCUAGUGCUGAUAAGAUUAAAACAAGAACUUCCAGUAGUGAAUCGAGUGGACUGAAAGCCUCGACUAGAGCUAGAAGAUUGCAGAGGGCCAGCAGUAGAGAGGCCUUGUUACAGUCGCAUGGUAGUUCUUCUGAAGAUUUAGCAACGAACGAAGUGCCAGUGAGGAAACCCAGGUUGGUUAGAAAAACAAAAACAACGCAGCUGACCGUCACCAAUGGUAUGGAAAUGGCCAGGAAAGGUACUAUCGCCACCAAUGCUAAGAAAAAGGUCGAAACUACAAAGGCCAAAACUGAAGAAAGACUUCCAGGAGCUCUUCCGGAAAUACGACAUAAAACUGCAGUAUCGACAAUCAGAAGUACUGCAGAAAAAGCCGCUAGAGAUAGAAGUAAACAUAGAGGAGAUGACGUGAAGAAGAAAGUAGCGCAAUGUAAAGAAAUAACUAAGGUUUCGGCCUCGCCGACCACGCCCGUUAAAAGCAAAAGAGAGACUGUGACUCACCGAUUAGCCACUGCGUACGUACCUGCUUGUAGCCCUAGUCACAGAAAAACGCACAUAUAUGACUACUAUCAAAGUCAGGAUCAGUGUCCCUGUCUAUGCUCUUGACGAACUAUGUUAGGAAUAUCAAAAAAUAUCGCCCAGAUAAGCACUGACCAACGAGUCUUGGGGUCGUUCCACUUCAUACUACUGGAAAACGAACAUUAGAUAUAAGUUCCUAGAUACUCCUCAUCUUAAUUUCUCCUGAUUUUUGAGGAUAUGAAAUACUUUAUACGAAAAUGAUAACACAUGUACAUUACUUUUUGCUUUUCUGUUAAUUAAAUUAACAUUUGGUUAAUUUUGAUAUAAUUUAUUCUUAACUCUCAUGAAUAUUGUGAUCUGCAUUGGUUUUGUGAUCUUUUUCCUUGAAUAAUAAACAAUUAUGAAUC